CUGGACUGAGGGCAGCUGCCCCCUGCAGGACUCACACACACACACACACACACACACACACACACACACUUCAAACUGAACCUGGGAUCAUUUACUUCACUUGUAUCUGAGACUGCUCGUAUCGGUGAUCAAUUAUUCACAUCACAUUCAGAUGAUCAAUAAACUCAUCGAUCUUUGAAUCAAUGUUUGUUGUUUGUUGAUCAAACCACUUUAAACCAGUGAAUACGUUAGUUAGUUAGUUAGUUAGUUAGUUAGUUAGUUAGUCCUCAGUGUUUGCUGAGAGGAGCUAAGAUUAGCCAACAGGUUAAUGAGGUCAGCCUGCAGGGGGCGCUCACAGCUUCUAUAAUGAUUAUAGAUACAGUUACUGUAGCACCUGCUCCUCUACCUGAGUGACAUCACUGUCCUCUCUGUUCUGUGAUUGGACAGACUGCCUUUCCCCUGGUGUUUCUGAUAACCUGAAGGACAGGUGUAACAGUGUAUGCUGUUACUCAGUCAGCCCCGCCCCCUGUCUUCUCUCUUUAAUAAGAGUUGUGAUAAGUUCAUGAGGGAUAAUUACUUAUUUAUUUAUAAUUGGUUAAUCAUAAUUAAAGCUCUGACUUGUUCUCAGUGAUUCACUCUCUCCAGCUUUUGUUUUUCUAAAAUCAUGUUUUCAUCAUGUUUUUGUUCCUGUUUCCGACAGAUGUUUCCAGCUGCAGACAUUUCCUGUCCUGGACGUCCCGCCCUGUCAGAGAGACGAGAAGCUGCUUCAGUCUGCAGCUGCACCCCGAGCUGGUCUGAACUGGUCUGAACUGGUCUGAACUGGACUGAACUGGACUGUAGGACCUAGUCUCAUCACGGCUUAUGUAAACCAGUGGAACCAGUGGAACCAGUGGAACCAGUGGAACCAGUGGAAGUGUUUGAUGUGGUGAAAUGAAAUAUCGUCUCUUUGUGUUUCAGUCCAGUUUCCUUUCCAUACAAACUCUGCAAACACAUACGCAACUCUAAUGUUGAUGACACCAUGAGCAGCAGGAACUGUCCAACCCGUCAGUGCAGUAUUGAGCUUCAGAAUAAGAGCUCGAUGUUCACCCUGUGUAACCCUCAUGUGCACACUGUCAGCGGAUCAUGUGACGCACCGUUCCCGCCCACCCUCGGCCCGUCCGAGUCCGGAGGCGCUCUGUUCGUCAAGAGUCCUCACGCAGCCUGUGGAUCAGUGGGGGUGUUCACCUAUGACCUCCUGAGCGAGUCCACGCAGCAGUACAGGGGCAGAGUGGCCGUCAUGUUCUCCGUCCCCUAUGACUUCAACCUGUACUCCAGUUGGUUCGCCGUGGGGGUGUUCGGCCUGGACACUCACUGCGACCAGCAUCUCUACGAAACCAUGUACUACAACACAGAGAGAGGGUUCGUCAGGGGCAAAGCCAAAGGGUCCAGUCUGAGCCACAGAGGGAGUCAUGUGACCGUCAGAGCCACCAUGUCCGACAGUUACCGAGCUGUUGUCAAGGUGCAGGUGUGCAACAACUAAAACCGGCUGUCUCCUCCAUUAAUCCCAGUUCUCCCAGAGACAGGAAGCCCAGUUUAGGUCAUCUGAUAAAUCUGCUUUUAUUCUAUAAUCUCACUUCCUGUCACCUUUCUGUAUGAACGCUGUCAGGCUACAUGCUAACCAGGAUUUUACUGUUCUGUGUUUCUGUGUUGACGAGACAUUUUCCUUUUCACUUAAAUCAUGUUUCAUCUGAGAAACAGCAGCAGUCAGUGAACGCCACAAACAACGUAGAACCUUGUCUGACUGUGGAACCAAAGAACUCAAUGUUUAAUUAAUAAAAGACCUGAUCAAUAAUCAUA